CAAAACUACGAGCAUAUCUGUAUGACGGCUACUACUCUGUUGGUAAUCUAAACUCACCAGGAGCCACUGCAUUGCCCACUUUUGUGACAUGGGAUUUUUACAGCUCACACUACCCAGAAAACAACAUGGACAGAUUCAUAGCAGCUGUCAUCCAAAACAAUCCAACCAGGAUCAACAGGGUUUUUCUCACAUCACGCACUUACCAACAGAACAGCUUUGAACCUUAUGACACGUACGAGAUCGCUCCUGAACUCAUACAUCAGAUCAGACGCCCGAAUAACAUUAGCUUAGUAGACUUUAAUAGUUAUCUGUUUAACACGCUAUCUCAAAACAUAGAUAUCACUGACUAUCAGAGAUACACAUUUGAAGACGCGUUGAGGAUUUUUAAUGAGCCAGGUCUUGCUGCGUUUCUGACAUUAGUUGGAUAUGAUGUCUACUACAGCUACAGAAACUCUAUAUUACGUUACAGUACACCUAACUUCAGUGGACUGAAAUUGUCUUACCAACCACCCCAAUAUGAUAAGCUUGAUCAGCUGAAACUAGAGAUGAGAACGAUGAGCAAGGGAUAUGCAAAACUCAUUUGGGAAAACAUACCAGUUAAGAUACAGGAAAAAUAUCCCGUGCAAGUUGCAGUUUGCAAUUCUAAAUAUACAGAUCAAGGAUGCUAUGUGAAAACAGUAGAUGAAUGUCCCAGCUUUUCAGUUGCACUAAAUCAUGGUCUUCAACCCCAACUUUUCAUAAAGCAGGAUGAUUUGGGUAAAACUAUUAUUUUUCAUGGGCCAGUAUUUGAUGAAGCUAACAGAGUAAUUCCCACUACAAUAAUUGGGUUUGAUGCUAGUCUACAGCUCUACACUAAAGACGGAUGGGCUUGUGCUCGACUCUUCAUCAAGAAGACUUUUAGGGAUUGGAAAAAAGUCUUCUACAACUCAUGGGUGGGGUUUUACAGUAGUAAGUACAAUGCAAACAACAAGUAUUACACCUAUCAGUAUGUUGUAAAGUUUAAAGGAAUACAAGAUGGCAGAGGGGGUGAUGAUUAUGAUGUGUAUCAGUAUGAGUCUAGUUUGGCCAUUGCGCCCGGAGUCCAAAUCCGCUUCCUGCUGGAUAAGACAUAUGAUUAUUUGAUCGCACAAACUCUGGCCUGGGAGGAUUCUCAAAAUGUAAUUAGAUCCCAAUAAUCUGAUGAUGAUGGGAAAUAUUGGUUGUCCAUUCCAGUCUUUACCUAAUUCCAGAAUUAAUUUUAGCCAGCACAGCAUUUUAAUUAUGACGAAUGACUGGUUUGCUAAAUGUAAAUAAUAUUCUAUUUCAUCCAUAUAUCUGUUAGAGAUAUCUUUUUGAAAACAUCUUGUUAACAUUAAUCUUUACAUAUAAAUCAUAGUAACGUCUAUGUACAAUUGAAUAUAUUUUGAUCAUUUUUAAUAUCAAAUAAUCUGAUUGCUUUAUAGUGCUGCAUGAUUUUAUUAAAGUGUAUCUAAUGUUAAUUUUUGUGUUUAUUUUUAAAUGAUACCUGGACAGAGUUUGCAUGUUUAUUUGAAGAUUCUACAGCGUACGCCUUAAGAUAAAAAUGACAAGAACCUAAAAUCCUCUGUAAGGAUCUAAAACAAGAUGAUCACUACACAAUGUAUCACAUGACUGAUACUGAAAACAAGACCCAGGUGAUGACACAUUCUUGGUCUGUAGAUUGCAAUCACUGGUGUAGGCUUACAAUGUUUUUUUACAAUAAUGAAAUAGUUUUUGAAAUCCCUGCUCGUGAGUCUUUUUCUUUUCUUUCAAGUAGGCAGUAAGUUUGCAGGUGAUUUCAGUUUAUAGUUUC